AUGGCUGGUAACCAACUGUUUGAUUUUCCUCCUGUUGAUGACCAGAGAGAUUUACCUCCUAUUCACCCCCCUGCUCCGCCAGAAUGUUUGAGGCCUGGAGCUUCAGACAAUGCAGCAGUACAUUACCAGUCACAAAAUGAGUCUGUAUUGGUCAUUCCGAAUGAAGGUAUCUCUGGCAAAGCUACAUUUGCCAACUCAUCCGAGGAUAGUUGCGCUGCAUAUCCAUCUGACAACAGUAGAACUCGUCUGAUUAAACCAACACGACAGAAGGAAAUUCAGAGGCAAGUUCUUCCACAAGCUCCUGAUUAUGUUGGCUUUAACAGCAGCUUUAUCCAAGCUGGUUUUGCUUUCAGCUUUGGCAUCUUUAUCACAAGAGUCAGAUCAUACUGA